AUGAGAAAAGCCAUUUUGUUAGCUAUCUUGCCUGUUGCUUUGGCAGCAAAAAGAGAACAAACAAGUUGUAACGAAUCAUGUACCAAAGUUUUACAAAAACAACAAGAGUCAUGUCCAUCUGGUUCAGAUUCAAGUUGUCUCUGUGAAUUAUCUGAUUCAGAUUAUUGGGAACCACUUACUGAUUGUGAUUGUAUUAAUCCAGAUAAGAAAUUAUCUCUUAAAGAAAUCAAGAGUCAAAUCUGUGGUGCUCCGGAAGAACCACCAUCAAGUGAAAAACAAUCCACUAGUUCUUCCUCCAAAUCUUCCAAAUCAUCCUCCUCCUCCUCUUCUUCUUCUUCCUCCACUUCCACUGAAGCUAGUUCAUCUGAUGAUAUUACUCCAAUUACAGAAUCCGCAGUUGCUGCUGCUGCUUUACAAGAGACGACCACUGAAAUUGCUGCUCCUGUUGCUGAAACUACUACAGUUCCAGGAGAGGCUGUCACUGAAACAGUUGCUGGUCAAGUUGAAACUGCUACCGAAGUUGCUCCUGUUGAAGAUGUUCCUGCUGAAGAUGCCAACACUGAUACUGUUGCCCCAUCAUUCACCGAACUCCAACCAGUUCCAGCCCAAUCAGCCCCACCAGUAAUCUUAGCUCAACCAGCUGCUGGAAAUCAAACUGAUUUGAGUCAAGUAACAGUUCAAGCCUUCGAAAAUGGUGCUGCUGCUAGAGUUGGUAUUGCUGCUGGUUCGUUAUUUGCUUUAGCUUUGAAUUUCCUUUAG